AUGCGUGUCUUUCCCACGGCGGCUGGCACCCGCUCCCGCGCAGCCACGGCCCUGGCCAAGUCGCUGCGACCCGGGGCCACAGAGCGCCCGCCGUCGCUUCUCUGGGAUCGGACCCUCCGUGGGGCACCAGCAGGUGCAGAAGCGGCCCAGGCGGCGGCGGCGCGCGUCGUUGCGCCCCCUGGCGGCGCUUCCGAGCGCGGCAGCCCCGACGGCGCCCAGGCCCCGGCAGACUCAGGAAAUGGCUCCGGGUCUUGCCUUGGGCCUCCGGUCGCAGCCAGGGAUGCGGCCCGGAUCCUGGCAGCCCUCGUGGCUGAAGACUAUGAAGCAGUAACACCACCUACGUCAGAGGGGUCACUCACCCACCCCUGGGCCUGUGGCUCAGAUGCUCUCCCCUCCACCCUGACUUCUCGUCUGCCUUCGGUCGGACCUGUCCUAUUAUUUACCCUAAUUCUAUCACUCUGUUCUCUUACAGUUCCCUGUGUUGGGCAAAGUGCCUGGCUGCACCUCCAAGCCUGGCCAGACCCCGUGUUCGAGGGAGACGCCCUGACUCUGCGAUGUCAUGGAUCAACCAACAAGGUCCUGUCCCAGGUGAAGUUCUACAAAGACGGAAAAUUACUCCAAACCCCGAAGACCAGAUGGUCCCUGUCCAUGGGGACAGCUACCCUGGAAAGCAGCGGCCAGUACAGCUGCUCUGGGAAGGUGGCCUACAUCCCAUACCUGGGCAGACAAACCUCAGAGCUGGUCAAGGUUCAAGUCCAAGAACCGUUCCCGCCUCCUGUGCUGAGCGCUGUCCCCUCUCCCGAGCUCCGUGAGGGGAGCCCGCUGACCCUGAGAUGCCAGACGAAACUGCACCCCCAGAAGUCGGCCUCGAGGCUCCUCUUCUCCUUCCACAGAGAUGCCAGCACCUUGCAGGACUGGGGUCCCCACCCGGAGCUCUACCUCCCAGGAGCCCAGGAGAGAGACUCUGGGCUUUACUGGUGCCGGGCCACCCUUGAGGGUGGUGUGGCCCAGAAGCAGAGCCCCCAGCUGGAGGUCAGGGUGCAGGUUCCUGUGUCCCAGCCUCUACUCACCCUGAGACCUGGCCCCACCGGCCUCACUGUGGGGGCCAUGGUGGAGCUCCUCUGUGAGGCCCAGAAGGGCUCCCCUCCAAUCUCGUACUUGUUCUACCUGGACGGGAAGAUCCUAGGGAACAUCUCAUCUCCCUACGGAAGAGCCACCUGCUUCCCGGUCACCGUGACGUCAGAGCGGGAUGCCAGAUACUCCUGCCGGGCAGAGAAUUAUGUUUCCGGAGAGACCAGUGAGCCCAAGAUACUCUCCCUGGAUGGUACGUCUUGUCCCCCAGCUGGGCUCUGA